GACAGCGGCAGGAUCGCCCUCCGCCCCCCGACGGCAGACGCAGCGCGGCCGGCGGGAUGAGGGCGCUGGGAGCCGCCCUCCUGGCCCUCCUGCUGUGCGGGCAGCCAGGGCACCGGCUGGCACAGGAGGACGAGGAUGAGGACUCGAAGCCGGAAGGCUACGACGACGACGACGAGGACGAGGACGAGGAGGAGGCCCCCACGGCCUUCGGCAGCAGGGACAGAGCAGCGCCCCUGGAGUGCUACGUGUGCAUGAUGCUGCAGGGCGGGGAGAGCUGCAAGGAGACGAAGCGCUGCUCCCGAGGCCAGGCCUUCUGCACCGCCAUGGUCUACCACGGCCACACCGGCUCCGGCCUCCUGACCACCUCCUCCAUGUGGUGUACGGACGCCUGCCGACCCUUCACCAAGACGGUGGAGGGGACCCAGAUGACCCAGACCUGCUGCCAGUCCAGGCUGUGCAACGCCCCACCCUGGCAGAGCCCCCCCGGGGGGACAGGCAGCCCCCAGGGAGGCAGGACAGGCCGUCCUCAGGAAGACAGGCCCGGUCCUCCCCCGGGCAGCGGGGCUCAGGGCCUCCUGGGCUGCCCGAGGUGUCUGAGCACAGCCCUCCUGCUCACCCUCCUGGCCAGCGCUUGGACGGCGGGGGCCUAGGGGCCCUGCCACCCCAGCCGCCUGCGACGCCCCGGCCGGUGCCUCCCCCGCCCCUCACCAGCUCUGGAGAAUAAACUCGGAGGUGUU